GGGCGGGGCGGGCGCGGGCGGUGACGGUUGGCAGCUCGAGCUGUUUGAACGCGGCCACGGGCUCUGGUGCUGGCGGUGGAGGGCGGUGGCGCUGAGGCUUCCUUCUUUGUCGGCCGAAGGCGGCCGCCGGGAGAGGAGAGCGGUGUCAGAACUCCCCACGACGACCUGAGUGAGUUGGGCAAUACGGCAGAGCGUGACGAGGCAUUGAACCCUUUUCCCGAUAUUCUGUGAGCACUGCAGGAAGCGAGACUGGCGAAAAUAUGGACUCGGACCAGUCCAGUGAGAUGGAAGAACCCUUUCUGAAGGAGAUAACAAAAGAGGGUGAUGCUCACCACAAAAGCUGUGGUACAAGUGAUAACUUGUACUCUGAAGAAUGUGGUGUCCAUGGAUUACUUGUGUUUAUUACGGAUACACCAGUUCAGUUUGGGACCACUUCUAGAGCAUUCUAUUCUACCCCUCAUGGGCUUGCAGUAGGACCAUCAGAAAAUCGUGAAGAAGGGCUUGGAGUUUGGUGUACUGUGAAAACCAUACCUAAAGGAGUCCUUUUUGGGCCAAUUGAAGGAUUGUUGCCAGUCGAAAAGGGAUCUGUAGAAAAACUGUAUACUCAGAUGGUGCAGGAGAGAAAUUUGGCCAAAUUAGGUGCCUUUGAUGAAUCAAAGUCCAAUUGGAUGAGAUUUGUGAACUUUGCCAAGACGCCUGCAGAGAGAAACCUCGUAGUUUCCCAGUAUAACGGGAAGUUCUACUAUAAAGUCUGCAAAUCAAUAGAACCAGCACACGAAUUAUUAAUCUGGUACGGAGAAGAUGAAGCAGUAAAUAAACCUAGGCAAAAACGGAGUCUGCUAAAAGAGAAGCAAGAAAAUAUUAACAUGUGUGGAGAGUAUUAUGACCAACAAAUUAAACAGGAAUAUGAGGCUGAGGUACAGGAAAAUCAAGAUUUUGCACAUCCAGAAUGCUAUAGUGGACAAGGAGCUCAAGAUUUAUCUACAAAUCAAAUUGGAAUCAAAAGUGAUCUGAUCUUCAAAUGUGAAUAUUGUGGACUCAUAUUUUUCUCAGAGCUUACCGUAAAUCUCCACAUGUUCAAACAUACUGAUUCAGAAAAAGAAGUAUUUCAAGUGAAUGGGAUUUGUGAUUCCGCAAUGUCUUCAUCUCUGAACGGCUCUCUAGGUGACGGAAGAGAGGAAACAUUUGAAGGCAUUUUAGUAGAUGGUUUAAAACUGCCAAACCACACUUUAUUCCAGGAUAAGCCAAGCAUAUUUGGACAGGCAAUGGAAUGCAAUGAAAAUUCUAAGCCAGAAAAUGAACGUGGCGGUAAAGAUGAAACGAUGCUCAAUUUCACUUCAUCUGUCUAUGAUAAGGAGAAGCUCUUAAACUGCGAAUAUUGUACUCUGAGUUUUUUGCAUAAAGAGCAGUUGGUGACUCACCAUCGUACACACAUGGGUGAGAAGCCGUUUGCGUGUGAGCAGUGUGGAAGGGCUUUCGCAGAAAAAUCCAACCUCAAUGAACACCGGCGCACUCACACAGGAAUACGGCCUCACUCGUGCAGUUGGUGCGGGAAGGCAUUUUACCGUCGCUCCCACCUCAAGGUGCAUCUCCGUCGUCACACAGGAGAGAAGCCCUAUACAUGUGACGUGUGUCAACACAAGUUUGUGGACACGUCAUCUCUUCAGCGGCACAAGUGUCGUUCAGAUUCAGUUCAUGAUGCUUUCCUGGAGCCUGAAAUCUGCAAUACCCAAAAGGCUACGACUGUAAAUGGCUAUCGAGCAGUUGAAAGUGAGACAAUGUCGGGAGAUAUUUUAGUAAAUAGUCGGAAACAGCUGAACAACAUCCUAUCUCAGGACAAACCAAGCAUUUUUGAUGAAACGUUGAACCAAGGAAAUUCUAAACUGGAAAAUAAACUCGACGAUAAAGAUGAACGAGUGCUCAAGUUCUCUUCGUCCAUCUGUGAUAAGGAGAAGCUCUUCAACUGUGAAUAUUGCACAAGGAGUUUUUUGUGUAAAGAGCAAUUAAUGACUCACCAUCGUACACACAUGGGUGAGAAGCCGUUUGCGUGUGAGCAGUGUGGAAAGGCUUUCGCAGAAAAAUCCAACCUCAAUGAACACCGGCGCACUCACACAGGGAUCCGGCCUCACUCGUGCAGUUGGUGCGGGAAGGCAUUUUACCGUCGCUCCCACCUCAAGGUGCAUCUUCGUCGUCACACGGGAGAGAAGCCCUAUACAUGUGACGUGUGUCAACACACGUUUGUGGACACGUCAUCCCUUCAGCGGCACAAGUGUCGUUCAGAUUCAGCUAAUGUUGCUUUCCUGGAUCCUAAAAUCUGCAAUACCCAAAAGGCCACAACUGUUAAUGGCUAUCAAGGAGUUGAAAGUGAGACAAUGUCAGGAGAUAUUUUAGUAAAUAGUCAGAAACAGCUGAACAACAUCCUAUCUCAGGACAAACCAAGCAUUUUCGAUGAAAUGUUGAACCAAGGAAAUUCUAAGCUGGAAAAUAAACUCGACGAUAAAGAUGAACGAGUGCUCAAGUUCUCUUCGUCCAUCUGUGAUAAGGAGAAGCUCUUCAACUGUGAAUAUUGCACAAGGAGUUUUUUGCAUAAAGAGCAGUUAAUGACUCACCAUCGUACACACAUGGGUGAGAAGCCGUUUGCGUGUGAGCAGUGUGGAAAGGCUUUCGCAGAAAAAUCCAACCUCAAUGAACACCGGCGCACUCACACAGGGAUCCGGCCUCACUCGUGCAGUUGGUGCGGGAAGGCAUUUUACCGUCGCUCCCACCUCAAGGUGCAUCUUCGUCGUCACACGGGAGAGAAGCCCUAUACAUGUGACGUGUGUCAACACACUUUUGUGGACACGUCAUCUCUUCAGCGGCACAAGUGUCGUUCAGAUUCAGCUAAUGUUGCUUUGCUGGAUCCUGAAAUCUGCAAUACCCAAAAGGCCACAACUGUAAAUGGCUUUCGAGCAGUUGAAAGUGAGACAAAGUCGAGAGAUAUUUUAGUAAAUAGUCGGAAACAGAUGAACAACAUCCUAUCUCAGGACAAACCAAGCAUUUUCGAUGAAACUUUGACCCAAGGAAAUUCUAAGCUGGAAAAUAAACUCGACGAUAAAGAUGAACGAGUGCUCAAGUUCUCUUCGUCCAUCUGUGAUAAGGAGAAGCUCUUCAACUGUGAAUAUUGCACAAGGAGUUUUUUGUGUCAAGAGCAGUUAAUGACUCACCAUCGUACACACAUGGGUGAGAAGCCGUUUGCGUGUGAGCAGUGUGGAAGAGCUUUCGCAGAAAAAUCCAACCUCAAUGAACACCGGCGCACUCACACAGGGAUCCGGCCUCACUCGUGCAGUUGGUGCGGGAAGGCAUUUUACCGUCGCUCCCACCUCAAGGUGCAUCUCCGUCGUCACACGGGAGAGAAGCCCUAUACAUGUGACGUGUGUCAACACACGUUUGUGGACACGUCAUCUCUUCAGCGGCACAAGUGUCGUUCAGCUUGCUAUAAAACCAAUCAAAUGGAUUCAGCAGCUGCUAUGCGAAACAAGCCAAUGAAAGAACAAAUUUGUCAUUCUAAUGCAGACACCAUUCAUGAUGGACACAUUAUUCAAGGAGAGGAUAUGGAUAACAAACAAGAUGCUGAUGAAACCAAACGUGCUGUUGAAGGUUUGGCCUACCUUUGCCCUGAGGAAUUCACAAGCCAGAAUUGUGAGAAAAACUCUGCUGUGGAAAUUCUAUUGGGCACAACCCAGAUCAGCGAUCACUCGUUAGACAAAAGGUAUGAAGUUUGCAACUUUCCAGUUGGCGCGAUGAGAAACCUAGACUGUAACACAGAUAGCAAAACCAUCUCCUGCCCGAGAUCUCAAAACCCUGAAUUGACUUCUAAAGAGGUUUUGUUUUCCAGCAGUGAGAAACAUCUUUCUGCUGGGGAGAAGUACUUUAAAUGUGAAUAUUGUGGGAGGAGAUUCUUGCGGAAAGCACAACUAACCAUGCAUAGACGCGUUCACACAGGAGAGAAGCCGUAUGUGUGCGAUGACUGUGGCAGAGGAUUUGCAGAGAAGUCCAAUCUCAAUGACCAUCGUCGAACGCAUACAGGGGAAAGACCAUAUGAGUGCACUUUUUGCGUUAAAGCAUUUCAUCGCAGUACACACCUCAAGGUGCACCUCCGUCGCCACACAGGGGAAAAACCGUACAAGUGUGAGGAUUGCAAAAAAACAUUUGUGGACUCGUCCUCUCUUCAGAGGCACAGACGUUUUCCUUCAGAUUCAUGCAGUUUACUGAGCAAGCAACACUCUGAAAAAGAAUGCGAUAUGGAGGUUUUAUUGGACAAUAACUCCGGCUGCAACUCACACUCCAGCAGUUCUGAACAAAAGACCAUUCCCAAUAUUUGCUUUGAUAUUUGCAAACGUGUAAAGUCAGAACAUUUUAAUUACCCUUUGAUAUCAGAAAGUGGUAGAUAUGUAAAGAACAAUCCAAAUGUAUUGUUUGAUGGGCUGUUGCUUGAUCCAGUGCAGUCUGCACUUAAACACAUGGAAGAGAGAGAACACCAACAAAUAUCAAACUUGCAGUGAAUUAUUUGCAUUGAAGAUGGAGCUCACCGUUCACGAGAUGUCUAUGAGGACCAGAAAUUCAUUUGCGAUUAAAUCACAAUUUGAAUUGACUUUGGAACAAACACAUUAUUUGCCAUACAAAGAAGAGGCCUUGGUUUCACUCAAUUGAAUAAAAUUGUCUUCCAAAUGAGUACAGCACCCGAUUUUUCACCGGUGAAAAUCAUUCAAGAAUAAAAGUCAUGACAGUAAA